AUGGCGGAGUACUGGCAGCAGUUGACGAAUGGCGGUGGAGAAGCAGGAUCGGGUGUCAAUGAGUCACCUGCCUGCAAUGGAGCUCCCACCAACAACUCGCAUGGCAACAACAACUAUGUGAACUUCAAUCAGUUCAUCAUGCAGCACAAUCUGGGAGGAGGAGGAGGCGGUGGCGGCGUAGGAGGAGCGUCCUCCAAUGCUGGAGGAACCAUGCAACAUCCACUGGCCAGCAGCAGUAGUAAUAGCAACACUAACUACGCCCUCGGCGGCGGCGGAGGAGCCUUUGGACUGAAUCCACCGGCGGCAGCAGCCGGAAACUCCAACAACUUUGCGAAUUUUUACUCGCAGCCCAUCUUCCCAUCGUAUCAGAAUGGCGAUGGCAUCGCUAGCGCCGCCUUCACCAACGCCUACGGAUCAGGUUCGGGACAACCGAGUGGCAGCAGCAACUUUUCGAGUCUUUACACGCCGUUCGGCAACAAUCCGUUUGACUUUAGCGCUUCCAAGCUGCAGGCCUCGGCGCCCGAAUUUGUGCCCAGUCUGGCCAAGCUGAGUCUGAGUGAGACGACGCCAUCAGUAGCCACAAUAAAUGGGAAUGGAAACGGAAACAGCACUGCCAGCCAACAAGAGACUGCCAUGAAUGAGCCGAGGACCAGAAAUCAGCAAUCCGAGCAAACAGCCGAGCGAGGAGGAGGCAACAACCACCGCUCGAAUCACAACUACGAAAGGGAGCGCGAUUCGCGACCGGGAAGCACGCGGCAGCAGCGCCGCUCUGACUACCGCGACGAGCGAGAGGAUCGCUACGAGCGGAACGAUCGCCGGAGGCCGCAGAAGCAGCAGCGCUACGACAAUCAUCGCAGCAACAAGCGAAGGGAUGACUGGAAUCGAAACAGGGAUCGCAUCAAUGGGUUUCCCCGAGCCGUCGAUGAUCUGGAUACGAGCAACGAGAGUGCCCAGCCGUCGCCCGAGAAGCAGUCGCAACAGCAGCAGCAAAUAUCCCCCCGGAGAGCUCCUCCUCCGCCGCCAGCGGAUAACGAGAAGCUGUCGCAGCGGGAGAAACUCAUACGCGACAUCGAACAGCGGCGACUGGAGUGCCUGGUCUGCGUGGAGGCCAUCAAGGCACAUCAGCCGACGUGGUCGUGCCAGAACUGCUACCACUUGCUGCACCUCAAGUGCACCAUCACCUGGGCGAGCAGCUCCAAGUCGGAUGUGGGCUGGCGCUGUCCCGCCUGCCAGAAUGUCCUGCAGGAGCUGCCGCGCGAGUAUCUCUGCUUCUGCGGGAAGUUGAAGAACCCACCCGUUUCGCGCACCGAGUUGGCCCACAGUUGCGGCGAAGUUUGCUGCAGGAUUGAGGGUUGCAGCCAUGCCUGCACUUUGCUCUGUCACCCGGGACCUUGUCCUCCUUGUCAGGCCAAUGUCGUUAGGAGCUGCGGCUGUGGACGCAGCUCCAAGACCAUGCAGUGCGCCAUGAAGGAGGAGCUCCUCUGCGGCGAGAUAUGCGACAAGGCUCUGAACUGCGGCGAACAUCGCUGCCGCGCCGAGUGCCACGCGGGCAAGUGCGCAGCCUGUCCGGAGCAGGUGGAGCAGCACUGCCACUGCGGCAAGCAGGAGCGCCAGGUGCAGUGCACGCGCGAGAACCAGGACAAGCGCAGCUACUCCUGCAAGGAGAGCUGCGGCAAGCCGCUGCCCUGCGGCAACCACAAGUGCAAGGACUCCUGCCACGCGGGCAGCUGCAGGCCCUGCAAGCUCAGUCCCGAGCAGAUAACCAGUUGUCCUUGCGGCAAGAUGCCUGUACCGCCUGCCCAGCGCUCCAGCUGCUUGGAUCCCAUACCCACUUGCGAGGGCGUCUGCUCGAGGACGCUGCGCUGCGGCAAGCCGGCGCAUCCGCAUCAGUGCGGCAGCAAGUGCCAUUUGGGCCAAUGCCCGCCGUGUCCCAAGCAGACGGCGGUGAAGUGUCGCUGCGGCCACAUGGACCAGAUGAUCAAGUGCCGCCAGCUGUCCAGCCGGGCGGACGAUGCGCGCUGCAAGCGUCGCUGCACCAAGAAGCGCAGCUGCGGCAAGCACAAGUGCAACGCCGAGUGCUGCAUCGACAUCGAUCACGCCUGUCCGCUGCCCUGUAAUCGAACCUUGAGUUGCGGCAAGCACAAGUGCGAUCAGCCCUGUCACAGGGGCAAUUGCCCGCCCUGCUAUCGCAGCAGCUUCGAGGAGCUCUACUGCGAGUGCGGCGCCGAGGUGAUCUAUCCGCCGGUGCCUUGUGGCACCAAGAAGCCCAUCUGCAAGCGUCCCUGCUCGCGCUCACAUCCCUGCGAGCAUCCGCCGCAGCACAACUGCCAUUCGGCGUCCACGUGUCCGCCCUGCAUGAUGUUCACCACGAAGUUCUGCCACGGCAACCACGAGCAGCGCAAGACCAUUCCCUGCUCGCAGCCCAACUUUAGUUGCGGUUUGGCCUGCGGCAAGCCGUUGCCCUGCGGCCGCCACAAGUGCAUCAAGCCGUGCCACGAGGGCGCGUGUCAGUCGGCCGGCGAGAUCUGUCGCCAGAGCUGCACCAAGCCGAGAUCAAACUGCGGACACAAGUGUGCGGCCGCCUGUCACGAGGGAUCGUGUCCGGAGACGCCCUGCAAGGAGCUGGUGGAGGUUCAGUGCGAGUGCGGCCACCGGAAGCAGAGCCGCAGCUGCCAGGAGCUGGCCAGGGAGCACAGUCGCAUAGCCACCGCUCAGCUGGCCUCGUCCAUGGCGGAAAUGUCGCGGGGAAACUACAUGGAGCUCAGCGAGAUCUUGGCCCCCGCCAAGGCUAGCAAGUCCAAUAGAACCCUGGAUUGCAACGACGAAUGCCGUUUGCUGGAGAGGAAUCGUCGUCUGGCUGUGGCCCUGUCCUCAGGUAAUCCAGAUACCAAGCAGAAAUCCCUGACCAAGUACUCGGAGUUUGUGCGUGGCUUCGCCAAAAGGAACCCAGCGCUGACCAAGAGCGUUUAUGAGACGCUGACUGAUCUGGUCAAGCUGGCCAAGGAGAGCAAGCAGCGGUCGAGAAGCCACUCCUUCCCCACGAUGAACCGCGAAAAGAGGCAGCUGGUGCACGAAUUGUGCGAGAUAUUUGGCAUAGAGUCGGUCUCCUACGACAAGGAGCCCAAUCGCAAUGUGGUGGCUACGGCCCAUAAAGAUAGGUGCUGGUUUCCUGCCACGAGCAUCAUGGAGGUGCUGGCCCGCGAGUCCGGACAACGCCGAGUCCCGGUGCCGAGUAACAAUGCAUGGGGCUUGAAGAAGUAGAGCGAGCCGAUCCCUUUGGAUAUUUGUAUACAGAGAUAUUCUAUGUUUAAUCGUUGGCGCUGGAAUGUAAUACUUUAAAAUGGAUGGUAGAGAAAGAGAGAGGGAGCAGAAAUGGAGCCUGGUUGAAGAUAUUGAUUGAUCCUGCACAGAGGGGAGAGCCACACAGAUGCGCUGCGAGGACAAUACACAAGGAUUAUGAUUAUUGCCGUUAUCACGUAUAUUUUGUAAAUUAUAACGAAUGUUAGUUGAACCCUAGAAUGCUAAAUGUUGAAUACUGGAAUGGAGUGAACUCGAUAUGCGCAGGCACAAAUAUGAAGAAUGCUGUUAACCAAUCUGUUGUACGAUGAAUUUAUCCAAAAUUGAAACCUUCUGACCACGUUGCAUCUAAUUAAAUAGAGAGAAAUUGAUCAGAGGGAUAAAUAAAUGAGUAAAUAGAGCAGAGGGCAA